GAUUUCUGGUGACUGUUCGAUUGAAAACGUACAGGGAGAUAAAUAUAGCAGACGAAAUUGUGUCCCGCUUUGUGCGAAACUCUAGAAACGGAUGGUCUUCGGAGAAAUCAUCACUUGGGCUACGCCAGAGUCGCAGUCACGCCAUACGGCGGAAGAUAUUAAUGCGAGCCUGCAAACACUGGGUGCGAUAACAGUCAGGAGACCGAUCAGCGAUGCAUCAGCCAUUUAUCGACCACAACUGCGUGGAAAACAAUCUCACGCUCCCUGACUGUUAGAACUUUAUAGCGUUGCCCUUCAGAAAGAACUGAUGACAGCGCUGUGCUAAAAGUGAAAUGUAAACAGCUGCUGCUCCAGAGUUGGGGGUAAAUGUAGAUGCAUGCAUGUGGCGUUCUGCCAUUGCCGGGGUAGGAUGACACGAGUUUUGGGGAGAGCGAGGACAGCGAGAAAGGGCCACGCGCCCAGGUGGCUAAUAUGCUUUUGGUGGGUUUGGAACAGAAAUGCUUUGGGCAGAAAGUGUAAGCAAAUAUGGCUGACACCCGGCUUUCAUGUUUCCAUCUUGCCGCAGACCACCGUUCCAGACUGUCUGGAGGGCUGUGCACCAGGAGACCCACACCAACAUCAGAUGCUCUGAUGCUGAGAACAAGCAAACUGGUCUCCAUGUGAAGCUAUCCCAUGAUGCAACAUGUGUCCCCAGCACCAGCAUUGACCAUGAUGGCUACACAGAGCGUCCCUCCACCGUCGUACCAAGAGAGCCAACAGAUGACAGGCACUACGCAGCAAAACUCAAAGGCCCAGCAUGUCCACAUAUCUGCAGCUUCGGCUGCUGGGGCCGCCCCGGUCAGCGUGACCCUUGACCCCCAAGCCCAGCUGGAGUCAGACAAGCGAGCCGUUUACAGACAUCCUCUCUUCCCUCUUCUGGCUCUGCUCUUUGAAAAGUGCGAGCAAGCCACACAGGGAUCAGAAUGCAUCACCUCGGCCAGCUUUGACGUUGACAUUGAGAACUUCGUCCACCAGCAAGAGCAGGAUCACAAGCCCUUCUUCAGUGAGGACCCUGAACUGGACAACCUGAUGGUCAAAGCAAUCCAAGUGUUGCGGAUCCACCUGCUCGAGCUGGAAAAGGUGAACGAGCUCUGUAAAGACUUCUGCAACCGUUACAUCACCUGCCUCAAGACCAAGAUGCACAGCGACAAUCUGCUACGGAACGACUUGGGCGGACCGUAUUCACCGUCACAGACCAGCCUCGGUCUGCAGCAGGAUCUCCUCCAAAACUCAUCUCCGUCCCUCACCUCCGUAUCCAGCACCGUCAACCCCUCCGGGAUCGUGGUCCCUGCCGGCUCGCUCCAACAGAACAAUGUUUCCAUGACCACUAUCAACUCUCAGGUGGUCUCAGGUGGGACGCUGUAUCAGCCAGUGGCAAUGGUUACCUCACAGGGGCAGGUGUUAACCCAGGGCUUACCGCAGGGAACCAUCCAAAUCCAAAACAAUCAGGUGAACCUGGACUUGUCUGCACUCUUGGACGGCGAUGACAAGAAAUCAAAAAACAAAAGAGGCGUUCUUCCCAAACAUGCCACAAACAUUAUGCGUUCCUGGCUGUUCCAGCAUCUCAUGCAUCCUUAUCCCACAGAGGAUGAGAAAAGGCAGAUCGCAGCACAGACAAAUCUUACCUUGUUACAGGUGAACAACUGGUUUAUCAAUGCCCGCAGGCGUAUACUGCAACCCAUGUUGGAUGCCAGUAAUCCUGACCCGGCCCCCAAAGCCAAGAAGAUGAAAUCCCAGCACAGACCCACACAGCGCUUCUGGCCUGACUCCAUUGUAGCCGGAGUCCUGCAGUCACACGGAUCCCACUCCACAAACUCAGACAGCUCGCUGGGAAUGGACGGCCUGCAGCCUCUGUCAUCGGAUUCGGCCACAUUGGCGAUGCAGCAAGCCAUGCUGGGAGGAACGGACGAUUCGAUGGACGGGUCAGAGGAUGAAGAUGAAGAAGAGGAGGAAGAGGAGGGAAUGGAUGAUGAGGAAGAGGAGGAAGAAGAUGAAGAAAGCGAUGGCAUUCGACGGAGAGAUCUGGGGCUCAACCACAACAACGGACUGGAGUAAAUGAUCGGAUACCCGAAAGCGACGUCAUUGAUCAUUUAAACACCCCCUUACUGGUUUCAAUGGACACUGGGUGCCAUGGAACGUCCAAUCAGAAUUUAAAAUGAGGGGCUUGUUAAAAAUAAAGUGGAAAUUCAUGUUAAAUAUGACAUUUUGGGAGAUUGCAACAAGAACGAACUGUACUGUAUAUCGGGCAGCCAUGCUACUCUCAUGCAUAUAAUCCAUUUAAGCCUUACUUUGUUUCAUGUUUCCUUGGUUCUCAGGUGUCCCAGCAUGGCAUAACGUCUCUAUCCUCUUUUACAUCUUAACCAUGCAAUGAAUCAAUGUUUUAGGCAUGUUAUUUUUUAUUUUUGUAGAGUAACGAAACAAUUCUUCGAAGUUUGAAAAAAGAAACACGGUCUAAAUGCCUGACAGCACAAUGUAUGUACAUUUGAUAGUGAUGCAUUUACCAAGACACUUCAUAUUUAUUUUCUAAAACUGGAAACGGCCCUCAUGGAUGCCCUCAUUCAUUGUUUGAGUGCAAAUCUGGGCCUCGUUCAAAACAAAAGCAUGCUGGAGUGCCAAGCAUCUCUUUCAAUGUACGGAGAAAAAAAACUCUACAAACGUUUACUGAAGAACAAUGCAGGAAUUAAGACAUUUCCAGGUGCGUGUCACACCCUGAAACGCCCCUAUGUGAAGGACAAUGCAAAAACUGUGAAGAUAUUUCCGAGCUUUCGAGCCGUGUCUACACAUCGAAUCACCUUGUUUCUGAUGUGAUGUUUAGAAAAGACAGAGGAUGUUUUUUGAAUGUUAUUAUUGCAGUCGGUCUUUGUGAAGUACAUGUUUCUCAUAAUCCUUUUAUCGGUUGUUUUUUAAAUGGUUCUUCCAGAGCAAGUGACAUAGGGGAGGUUUUUAAUUUGUUUGUAUACAUUGUUGUCAUAAUCUAUUGUGUUUCAGUAGACCAUUUUUGAUAAUUAAAAGAUAUGACUCUA